AUGAACCUCGUCUGUGCCUCGUGUCUGUCCGUCUCUGCUCUGCCUCCGCCGCUCGCUCCGAUGCGACGGCGACAGGCGACCCCGGCCGAGGCGACGACGAAAGAUGCCCUGCAGCGCUGGUCGUCCUUGAUUGGCAUCAUCACGGCGAUUGUGGGUAACGUCCUCAUCGCCCUCGCUCUCAACGUCCAGCGGUAUGCGCACACGCGGCUGCACAAGGAGCGCAAGAGGAUAAAACGAGAGGCUCGGGCGGCCCUGAAGCGGGCGCAAAGCGGCAACGGCAACAGCAACAGCAAUGGGAGCACCCAGGUGGGCGUCUACGGCACCAUCCUCGGCGGCGACGGUGAACAUCACAACGGCCAUGCGGGCACAAACGGCAGCGGUCACCACAGCGGCCUGUACGAUGCCCACUCGGACGACGACGACGACGAGCACGACUAUCAGGAGAGCGAGCCCCUGAUGGCCUCGUUCCAGUCCAGCGCCACGACGGCCAGCUCCGGCUCCGACUCCGACUCGGAUUCCAACCCGCACAAGAAGCCAUCCUCCAACUACCUCAAAUCGCCGUACUGGUGGCUCGGCCAGGUCUUGAUAACGUUGGGAGAGGCUGGCAACUUCUUGGCGUACGGCUUUGCGCCCGCCUCCAUCGUGUCUCCCCUUGGCGUCGUUGCUCUUGUGUCCAACUGCAUCAUUGCGCCCGUCAUGUUUCACGAGAUAUUUAGGCCUCGCGAUGCCUGGGGUGUCCUGAUUGCCGUGUCCGGUGUCGUCACCGUCGUCCUGAGCGCGAAUCAGAAGGAGGAGAAGCUGAAGCCUGACGAUGUGUGGGGGGCCAUCACGACGAUGGCGUUUGAAAUCUACCUUGGCGUCACCACGCUGCUCAUUAUUAUUCUCAUGUGGGCGAGUGCCAAGUACGGCAAACGGACCAUCCUCAUUGACCUCGGCCUCGUUGGCCUCUUUGGAGGAUAUACGGCCCUGGCCACCAAGGGCGUAUCGUCGAUGCUCUCCACCAGCUUUCUGGCCGCCUUUACAACGCCCGUCACGUAUGCGCUGGCCUUUGUCCUCCUCUCCACUGCCAUUAUGCAGAUUCGCUAUGUCAACAAGGCCCUGUCCCGCUUCGACUCGACCCAGGUCAUUCCCGUCCAGUUUGUCAUGUUUACACUGUGUGUCAUCACUGGCAGCGCGGUGCUAUAUCGCGACUUUGAAAAGACGACCAAGAAGCAGGCCGCCAAGUUUGUGGGCGGCUGUCUGCUCACUUUCUUCGGCGUCUUUCUCAUCACCUCCGGCAGAGACCAGCAUGACGACGAUGACGACGAGGAUAGGCUGUCCGAGACCGACGGCAUCGAAGAGACGAUUGGGCUGACGCAGCACGACGGUGGCGUCUCAUCCUCUGCGCUUCCUCAACCGCAACGUGAGCAGCAGCGGCGCCCCAGCCUGCCGCCUCCCAAAACGCCCUCUCGACGAUCUAGCAGAAUGUCGCGAGUCAGCUUUGCCGACGCGCUCAAGUCGGACUCGGCCCACGGCGCCAUCGAGCCACCGUCGACGCAUGAGUUUGAACCGGCAAACUCCCCGGCACACCUCAGCGGCGACGAGGCCCAUGUGCUGGUAAGCAACCCGUGGCAGGGCCUGUGGGUGAGCCCGGAUCCUCCCCGGGGUCCUCGGACAAUCUCGGCAGAGUCCGUUCUCACACGGUCCGGCUUGGGGUCAACGCCGGUACAGCCGCAUCCCCUGGCGUCUAUCAAAGACGGCCAGGAGAUCCCAACACACUCCACCGAUAGACCAGUGACGCCUCGAGCGGCACACAGUUCCAAAGCGGCCAGCCACCGGUCGAGGCCGUUUAUCUCUCCCUCUCCCUUCUCUUCCACAGUCACGACGGCGGUCAAGGACGUGAUCCUUCGGGAAAACGACAGCCCCGAAGCCGCCGCCUCUUCUUCUCUACGACGCAUACGAUCGAGCAUUCGAGCGAGUCUCUUCUUUAACAGCGAUGACGAGGAUGCCGUCAUGCCGCAGCGCAUCGCGGAACAGCCCAUCGUGCCCUUUUCAGACGACAACCUGCCGCAAGCCUUGGGCCACGACGAUGCCGGGCCAAGCAGUAGUACAGCCCCCACCAAGGUGUCCAGGGGGAGGUCGCGAAGCCUCAGCGACACGCUGGGGGAAUUUUUCCGCCCCAGGAAGCAGAAGAAGCAGGAGGCGUCCGAUGAAGACGACACGCAGUUAGACGGCGGCGACGAGCAGCCACUGAAUCGCGAUUCAUAA